GACAGUGACUUCGCGUGUAGCGCGUAACCGGUGGGCGACCUGCAACGCCCGCACCGUGUGUUAUGUCAUCAAUGACAAUCCCAGGACGCGGUGCUUCGAAUCCGGCAUGGAUAAACGCGAGUGAUCGAUAAAGAUUAAGUGGAUGCACAGUGGGUAUUCCGCCACCAACGAAACGUACGGAUUGAUCUUGCAAACUGAGAGUUUGCCGAGGUCCACCCCAAUUUGAUUUCCGCGACUUCCCGAACGUCGCCCGGCACGUUUAUCUUCCCUCGUGGUAUCGGUCUCUCGCGUUUCUCAAAGGGAACCCUUUGCACUAGACAGUAACUAUAUAGUUAAGCUAUAUCAGCGAGAGACUCGUUUGGUCGCCUGAUGGGUCGAACUCGAUGUUCGGCGAGUUUGUGCGAGUCGACGCGCUACGGCGACGAGCUUCGAUGAGGAUCGACUCCCGCGCCCGUGUCGCUCUUGCGUAUUUCUAUUCGGCGGCGCGACAUCAACGGUGUCACGGUUCGAUAGCCGGAUGAACGCCGGCGACCCCGUCUGUUUUAGCGGCGUCGGCGGGGCGAUCGAGUCUGGGAUCGGAAGUACGAGUGUAUGAGCGAACGUCGACGAGCUCUCGUAGUCACGACGAAACGAUAACGACGAAGCUUGGUGGUCACGACAAUUUGGUCCCGGAUCGGCGGCGGAAGCUUCGUUCCGGGUCGACAAUGGCGCGAUGGCCUUGAGGAUCGAUCGCGCGGGAGCGAGUCGGGUGAACGGUCGGGGUUUCGGUCUGGCGCGAUUGAAUCCGCGCGAUCCACACGCCGCGUGAUCGUUUCGCGCGUGCCUACCGGGUGUCUAUGAUGCGCGGAACGGUAAUCGGACAAACGCGUCGUCAUCAUGUCGAAGAGACACGUCGUCGAGAUGUGCGGAAACGCGAACGGAAGUAUGUGAACUACGAGACUAAGUCAUACACGUAGGCAGGUUGCGCGCGCGUGCAAAGAAAAUCGCGUGUCGCAUUACGCGGUGGUUGCAAUAAUCCGAUAACGCUCGCCGGUUGUCGCUGAAAUCAUCAUCGAUCGAUCAUCGGCGGUUGAGUGACCGGAAGCGAUCCCGUCGGACGAGAGAGACAGAGUAAUCGUUCGUUGAAUGGAGUAAUGAGCGGGGCCCCUGCGUGGGGCACAGUGCCCCGUCGUCAAAGACGCCACCAUCAUCACCACCAUCAUCAUCAGAAACAUCAGAAGCGCGUCCGGGACGAAGAAUCACGGAACGAAACGCUGGAUGAACCCGAGGAGAAGCGACCGAAGGUCAACCCGAUCUUCCUGUGGGCGUCGCAGCGUGAACAGAAGAUCAUCGAGGUGAGAUGCGAGGACUACGAUAAACGUAAUCGCAUCAAGCUCACCAAGACCGCGCAAGGAUGGCGUUCGAUACCGCGCACCACGUCCAACAUGUACACGAUUUCUCUAGCCGCCACCUGCAAGAAGACGGAUAUGGCCGAUACGUCGCCGGCCUCAUCGGUCUCGUCCAACGACGAGAAAGAGAACGGCAAACGAUGUCUUCAAGAGCCGGCGAGCGCGACGGCGAGCUCCCUUCGAUGCCAUCCGCUAAUAUAUUCGCCGAACGGCACGACGAACGGUUUGCUUACUGGCGAAGAUGUAGGCAAAAAGAGGCAAGGAUACGACGAAGAGACGAAUCGUCGAGAAUAUUCCUCUCCCUUGGGAGCUCGCGACAAGGUUAACGAUAGCGAGGAUAGAGAAAAAAAUAACAAAGAGGAUAAGAAUUGCGAGCAAAACCAGCCAAAGGAUUGUUUAUCCAAUUUGAACAGUGAGGAUAGUCAAGGCUGGAUUAACCUGCAGAGAUUGCAGAUGAACAAGCUGUUUCAGCCGCGCGUCGUGCUAGAAUUGCUGCAUCUAUCGCAACUUCCCGAGAGUGCGCAUCAAAAUGUCGUUCACCACGCGAAAAAUAAGGACGCAACGGCGAAUGAGACGAAGCGGACAGAGGAAAGUAACGAGCGGAAUGAGGAAAAUACCGUGGAAGAAGAGGACGAAGAGGAAAAAGAAGAAGAGAUGGACAACGAAGACGUGGAGGAGGAGGAGGAGAGCAGCGAGAAAUCGAAUCGAAUGAACAAGGCGGGUAUUCAGGACAUAUUGAACAUGAUAGAUGCUACAGCCUCGCCCGUUCUCGCCACUGAUACUCCCAGUGCCGACUUGCCGGUGGACUCCACCAAGACUUACGAGGUCCUCGACGAGAAGCCAUCCGUUGAAAGACAACAAGUCAAGGACGCAGAGCUCGACGAGAAGGAUCAAACAAGGAGUGUAUCUAGUUACGAGACUGAAAUUGUCGACCAAGACGGCGAGAUUGACGAUAAGCUGGAGGUGCACGAAGAGAAGAUCUUAAAAGAUCUGUCAGAUUGCUGCCUGCAGGAGAUGGAAGACACGAAGAUCCAAAUGGAGAAUAAUCUCGGGCUUCUUUCACUGGAGAAUAAUGCCGAGACGACUCCGAAUUCUUGCAAAAUCGCCGAGGCCGACGGCGGUUUCAUCGUCGGUCGAUCGAAAUGCAGAUCGAAAUCUGUCAUCACGUGGCAGUCGAGCAUACCGACCGAGGAAGAGGAAGCGCCAGACGAGCCCGGCGACCCGUUGAAGCUCGAUUACGACAGCUCGAGAAUCCUCGACGCCCUAAGGAAUACGCCGGGAAUCUCGGUGUCCAUAAUGAGAAAUGACACGCCUGAGGUCGGCAAGAAUCCGAUCGUACCGCCUGCGAGGCCACCCUCAAAGGCAUCUUCGUCGAGCAGGUCGCCCGAUUCUCAAGCGGAAUGCGUCGAGAAGCUAUUGAAGAACGCAAACUUCGACGGUUCGCCUCGUAAUCUGCCAGGUCUAUCGAUCGUUAUACCGAACUACCGCUACAAAAGUGUCUCCGGUAAACUAACAACCUCACCGAGCAUAAAGCAGCGUGUCGAAUCGCCCGAAAGCACCGUUAGUUUCAACAAGGUUGACGCGUAUCCGGAGGAAAUGAAAAUGAAUGAGUUUCCUCACGAAGAGGACGGAGACGAGGAAGAAGAUGAGGACUGCGACUCGCAAGUUAUGGAAGACCUUAGACAGCAGAAAGCGGAUUCACUGGCGUACGACGGUAUCGACGCGGAUUACUACAACGGGAACAGUACCAAGAACAAUCAGGAAGAUCGUAAAAUUCUACUGGAAAAUGUAAAGGGCGAUUCUGCCUGGAUUAGCUCUGGCAAAAACAGUGAGGCGCAAGCCAAAGAUAAAGCAUCUGGAUAUCGAGAUCUCGAGCACUUUGAUGAGCAAGUCCUGGAGGAGCUGCGAUCCCGCGGCACCGUAGUAGUCUCGCCACAGCCCAGCGGAAUUCCUUGUUCUCCCGCGUCCAGGAGACCAUCAUCGGCUUAUCUCGAGAGAUUACUCCCUAGUCCGCCGUGUUCAGUGUCCUGCUCGGAGGAUGCCAAGAGCGAAAUAACGCUUAAGAGCAUCCUGGCUUCAUCCAACUGCGCGGAUCUGCGAGAUUAUGAAAAGACAAAAGAGGGACUGAUCCGGUCCGAUCAAAGCGCCGAUCAGCCUAUUUCUCGACCCGUACACUCGAAUAUCGAUAGAAAUAUGAAAAGAACUAAUCAGCACAGCUUCCAGGAACGUCUGAACGUUCACAAUCAAGAGGUGAGGAACUCUGGCAGGCCAAUGUCCAGCGGCGACAUUCACAGUAUCUUUUAUGCGAUGACUGAGCGAGUCGCGCCCAAGAGACCAAUGUCUGCCGAGUGGCAGACCGGACAACGGCAUAGGAACCAAGCCGUUUAUUACCAAAAGACCGUCGAUAGAACGAGGGGUCGCUUCAAUGAUCAGGAGCAAGAUCAAAUUACUUGCGCCACGUCCAGCAGCACUGAUAAACUCCUAGAUCCGGCCAGACAGCUCCGCGAAUUAAUCGAGACCGUCGGCCAUCUGAUCCCCGAUCCUCUCCUAGUUCCUCGCGACUAUUUGCCAGGUCUGGCUGCCGCACCGGCGACGGAGAUACCGAAGUUACUAGCCAGCAGACCCGAACUCAGGCUACCCGAGGCUCUUACCAGGCCCGACCUUCUUCGGGAUCCCGAUCUGCUCGUGAUAUCGCUAGCGCAUCUGCAGCACGUAUUGGACCAUGGCGAGGGCCCAGUCUCCAGAUCGCAACAAUUGCAGCCGCGGCAACCUAGCACCGUCGUUAACGGCACCAUUAUUAAAGGACUGUCUGGUUCGGCAAACGGUAACGGCGUGAAAGACGGCGGGUUCACCGUUAUUACUAGCAGACCCAAACUCAGUUGCAAGCCGAUUUGCACGUUGAUGCCGACGCAGCCCAUGGACUUAUCGAAUGGCGGCCGAUCGCGCAUCAACCACUAUUCGCCCUUGCUCAGAGUGCGCAGCGGAUUGCUUAAGCAGGAGCCGGAAGUGAGCUCUACUGCGAGCUCGCCGGACGAGUCGCAACUAUGGCAUCCGUUAUUUGGCAGCAACAUUGAUCGGACCCGGGAAAUUCGAAAGCACGGAGGAUCGCGGAGAGGAAGAGGGAAGUGCCAGACAGGAAGCAAAAAUUUCACCCGGAUUUAAUCCUCUCGCGAGCGAACGGCCGAGUGAUCGGAAACAGGCAGGCAACACGUGCGUGUCUAUUAUGCGCAGAGAGAUCGAUCGAGACGCGACGGUGACGUCGCAUUUUGCAUCCUCCAGA